CAUGUAUCAAAAGAGAGAUCUGGAGUUCUAGUUUCAGUUGUUAUCAUUGGAUAAGAUUAUUGAGAAAAAAUUAAAAAUAUGGGAAGCAUAUUAUUGAUACUAUUAUUCUUCUCUCUCGUCCAAUCACGUUCGUACACGUCAUAUUCGAAAAUCCAACUUCCCGGCGAUUCUCUGGCUCUUUCCGUUACCGAUUUCGGCGCUACCGGCGAUGGUAUCAACUACGAUACUUCUGCGGUACAGUCCACCAUUGACGCCUGCAAUCGUCACUACACAUCGUCUUCUUCCAUCUGCCGCGUCACUUUCCCUUCCGGCAACUAUUUGACAGCUAAGCUCCAUCUCCGAUCUGGUGUUGUUCUCGAUGUGACGGAGAACGCUGUGCUUCUCGGGGGACCGAGAAUCGAGGAUUAUUAUCCGGCGGAGACUUCUUCGGAUUGGUACGUGGUGGUGGCGAACAACGCGACGGACGUUGGAAUUACCGGCGGAGGAGCGAUUGAUGGCCAGGGAUCGAAGUUCGUGGUCAGAUUCGACGAGAAGAAGAACGUGAUGGUGAGCUGGAACCAAACCGGAGCUUGCUUGGGUGAUGAGUGUAGACCUAGACUUGUUGGAUUCGUUGAUUCUAGAAACGUUGAGAUCUGGAACAUCACAUUACGAGAGCCUGCGUAUUGGUGCUUGCACAUUGUGAGGUGUGAGAACACAUCAGUCCACGAUGUAUCGAUCCUAGGGGACUUCAAUACUCCAAAUAACGAUGGAAUCGACAUUGAGGACUCAAACAACACUGUUAUAACUCGGUGUCACAUUGACACAGGAGAUGAUGCAAUAUGUCCCAAGACUUAUACUGGUCCGCUUUACAACUUAACCGCUACAGACUGUUGGAUCCGAACCAAAUCCUCAGCCAUUAAACUCGGUAGCGCGAGCUGGUUUGACUUCAAAGGUCUUGUCUUUGAUAACAUCACCAUUUUUGAAUCUCACAGAGGCCUUGGCAUGCAAAUACGCGAUGGAGGAAAUGUGAGUGACAUUACAUUUUCAAACAUAAACAUUAGUACAAGAUACUACGAUCCUUCUUGGUGGGGACGCGCAGAACCAAUCUAUAUAACAACUUGCCCGCGUGACUCAUCUGCAAAGGAAGGAUCAAUCUCGAAUCUCCUAUUUGUAAACAUAACAAUCAAUUCCGAAAACGGAGUCUUUUUAUCGGGUUCACCAAAUGGACUACUCUCAGAUAUAAAGUUCAAAAACAUGAACCUUACUGUCAGAAGAUGGAGUAAUUAUAGUGCAGGGCUUGUGGAUUAUAGACCUGGAUGUCGAGGUCUCGUGAAUCAUAGCGCCACGGCUGGGAUCAUAAUGGAACAUGUGAACGGGUUUAGCAUUGAGAAUGUUGACCUGAAAUGGUCAGAUGAUCUGAAUUCUGGGUGGAAUGUUCCUCUCGAAUUUAGACCUUCCACCGUGAAUAAUGUCUCGUUUGUUGGUUUCAAUUCUGGUCUUUUACACGAGAUUGUUUGAGUUUGAUUACUACGUUUUGGUUGGUGAACACAAGAUUGCAUGAAUCAUUAUGUUUGGCUUAGUAGAAGAUUUGGAUUCUUA